GCUGGCCGCUGCCCCGCGCGCAGGGGUAGCAGCAGGUCCAGGGGGCCAGGGGCCAGGGGAGCGCCGUCCGUAGCCGCCACUCGCCACCGCUCCUCUUGAAGGCGUCCCAAGACGCGGCCACGAGUCCCGCCUCCCAUAUCGCCUCGCCCCUAUAACUCUGGACGUGAUCUCAACCCCACCACCACCACCACCACCACCACCACAAAAGACGAGGGCGACUUCGCCUCACCACGCGCGCGCGGGCGGGCGGCGCCGUGCAUGGCCGCGACGGCAUGCGCCUACGGCUACCACCAGCAGGCGGGCGGCGGGCGGGCGGCGGCGCAGGUUCUCUUCUCCGACGUCGAUGGCACCGUCGUCGUCAAGCAAACAGCAGACCCGGCGCCGGCGCCGGCGCCUCCUCCUCCUCCGCCGCCGCUCCCACUGCCACGACCGCCGUCGUCCAAGGUGCCCCCGUCGUCCUUCCUGUCGUCGCACCACCUCGACAUCUGCACCGAGGGCCUCGGCUCCGAGAGCUCCGGCGACAUCGAUCUCAGCGACCUCACCGACGACGUCGCCGCCUGCGUCGACGACGUCGUCGGGCAUGCAGUACUGCCGUGCAAGUGGUGGCAGCAGCAGCAUCGUGACGGAGGAUCAGGUGAUGGGGAGCCGGCAGCAGGGAGGGCGAGGAGCGCCAGGCGGCCGUCGUUCCCGCCCCCGAUCUCGCUGAUCGGGGCCGGCGGGAAGCCGUGGCUCUACCUCCGGCCACAGCGGGAGGACGGCCGCCUCGUGCUGCGCGAGGUCAGGAUACCGUCACGGGAGCUGCUCCAGGCGCGCCGGGAGGACGGCCGGUUCAAGCUCCAGUACGCCCAGCCCCAACCCGACGACGACGAGGACGAAUGCCAGUAGGCACAGGGCCACCAAGAUCCAGCUUCCAGCAGAUGCAAUGGCGCCAGAGAAAAAGAAAACGCAGCAGGUGAACCGAGUACGACUAGUUCAGGGUUUUAGAUUUUCGGCUCCGAGGCAGGUUUAAUCAUCGUUCGUCAACAAAUUCCACACGACUAGAGUUUGUCUUUCGCCCCUUGCAGAGAGAUGUAAAUAUAGCGGAAUUUAUCUUCACUGCUUCCUCAUCAGUGUUUAAUCAUCCAGUCUAUUGCUAGGGUUUUGCAAUAUAAGCUAGUGAGGCAGUUCAAUGA